AUGCCAUUCGGACUGAGAAUUCAAUAUUGUGGAAAACGAUGUUGGGAUAAAAAAGACAGCGCCAUUGGGCAUGGCGAUUUAAAGGUUAAGAAUAAUGAAAACAUCAAUAAAUCUAGACAACCAGGAGUAGUAGUUGCACAAUAUCCAACCAGUCCGCCGUCAAGAACAAACGUUGUACCUUCACAACAGCAACUAUCUCCGCCCAUACAACAAACAAAUCGCUCACCAUCUCCCAAGUAUUCUGAUCAACAAAAUUACUAUUCACAAACCAACAAUUCAUCCCCUGGUUUGGGUGCUACCAAAAGCCUUGAUAAUUUGAAAAACGGACUCAAAUCCGCGGCGAUUAAUCAGAUUAAGAAACUGGGCCCCAAUGACGUCGACAAUUUCGUUAAUGGGUACUCUGGCAAUAAUACUGAGAACACAACUGAAGCCGGCGAGGCCAACACUACCGGGGGCAUGAUCAGCGGUUUCGUUGACGGAUUUAUUGGUAAUAAUAACACGGAUGAUGUUAGUCGAUAUGAUGGAUCCAACACGGAAAAUGCACCAUCAAGUGGAAACGCUGCUUUUGCAAAUACUAUCAGAACCAUACUCCAGCCUCAGAAUGGGGCCCAACAGGAAACGCGCCGAAAUUCUAGUGAUUAUAGUUCAUCGGACGAUUCAGACUAUGGAAGGGGAGGCAAGGUGUCUAAGAACAGAGCGAGAAUAGAUAACAACAAUGCCGCCAACAAUGACGGUGGGUUUUACGUGUCUACCCAACAACCUUACCAAUCCAUAACGCAACAUGCCGUGGUAUCACCAACUUCUCAACCCCAACGACACCCUCUCCCUCGUAUUCCAAAUUCCCAACCUCAACAACCUUACUCGCCUCGCACUCCAGUUUCUCAAUCCCAACAACCCUACUCGCCUCGUACUCCAGUUUCUCAAUCACAACAACCCUACUCACCUCGCACUCCAGUUUCUCAAUCCCAACAACCCUACUUGCCUCGUACUCCAAUUUCUCAAUCACAACAACCUCGUACUCCAGUUUCUCAAUCCCAACAACCCUACUCACCUCGUACUCCAGUUUCUCAAUCUCAACAACCCUACUCGCAACCCACUUCACCCAACUAUCAGCCACCUCAGUAUCAAAACAAUCCGUCAUCAAGCCAGUCUGCAAAUGGAUCCGUUCCUCCUCAGCAGCCCAUGCAAAGGGGUACAAACAAUGUAGCUCAAAAUCAAGUUGGACAGCCGCAAAGAGUUAAUCAUCAGCACGCGGCUAAUGGUGGGAAUAAUAAAACGAAUACUGGGGCAAAUGUGUUAGCGGGAAUACGUGGUUUUAACAAUGCAGUGAAUACUGUCAACAAAGUAUUGAAUACUGGCAAUAAUAAUUCAGACGAUAACGGAAAUAACACAAAUGAUACUGAUUCCACGUCCAUACCUGCGUCCAUAAUAAAUGGGAACUUUGACCCAGUACAACAAAUUCAAAACGCCAACAUGACAUCAAUAGUAGCAAGUUCUGGUAAAAUGGCCAUGAAGCUUUUUGGAAACAAGCUUGCGAAAAAGGCCGCAAAGAAAGCAGCUGAGAAUACUAGGAAAGUUGAUAGUGAUAGUUUUCCCGCAACCGCCAAUGAAGCUGGAUAUGAGUAUGGAAAUGCAAAUCCAAAUGCAAAUCCAAAUGUAAAUCCAAAUGUAAAUCCAAAUGCAAAUCCAAAUGUAAAUCCAAAUGCAAAUCCAAAUGGAACUAGAGGGAGACGUGUGGACAUUUCUGCUGCCGCCGCUGCAACUAAUGCCAUCUACAAUGAAUACAGAAAGCAGGUCCAGAAUUCUGAAUUUGUUCCGUCUCAAUUUUCUCAAUCGGUGAUUUCUCCCACAUCUUCUGUGUCGGAUGAAGGUUUCGUAGAUGCGACAACUGAAAAGAAUAGUAUUGAUUACAGCGCUGUUGCUAAUGUAUUAGGUCAGAAUGCGUCUGAUACUUAUAGACAAAUAUUCACAUCAAAUUAG